AUGUCAGACCUCACCUUCACUCCCGAAGUGCAAGCACUCCUCGACUUUGACAGAAAACACCUCUGGCACCCGUAUACCUCCAUGAGCAAGCCCUUGCCCGUCUUCCCCGUCAAAAGCGCCUCGGGAGCUACCAUAACCCUGGACGCCCAAACCAGCGACUCCAAAGACGCCACCCUCAUCGAGGCCAUGUCGUCGUGGUGGUGCAUGAUCCACGGCUACAACAACCCGGAAUUGAACGAGGCCAUGAUCUCCCAGAUCAAAAGCAUGUCGCACGUCAUGUUCGGAGGCCUCACGCACGGCCCGGCGGUCCGCGUGGUCCAGAAACUCCUGACGCUGAUCGACCACAAAAACCUGCAAUGCUGUUUCCUGGCCGACUCCGGCUCCGUGGCUGUGGAAAUAGCGCUGAAAAUGGCGUUGCAGUACGAGUUCACGAAAAACGGGGACCACAGCAACGACAAGGCCAAGUUCCUGACCAUCCGCAACGGCUAUCACGGCGAUACGUUCGGCGCCAUGAGCGUGUGUGACCCUGUCAGCUCGAUGCAUUCGAUCUACACCGGCUAUCUGCCGCAAAACAUCUUCGUGUCGGCGCCGACCAUGCUCGACACCCUGCCUACGUCCAACGCCUUUGCAACCCGGCCUGAGGUUUUUGCCGCGGGGAACAUGGGCUGGGACGACCACGACAUCGACGAUUUCAAGAAAGCCGUGGAAACCCGCCACUCGGAGAUCUGCGCCGUGAUCCUGGAACCCAUUCUGCAAGGCGCAGGCGGGAUGCGGCUGUACCACCCGCAGUACCUGAUCGAGGUUCGCAAGCUGUGCGACCGGUUCGAGAUCCCGCUGAUCAUGGACGAGAUCGCCACCGGGUUCGGAAGAACUGGCGCCAUGUUCGCGUUCCAGCAUUGCAGGACGUACCAGGACAUGCAGGGGAUCCAGCCACAAAAGCAGGUGGACGUGUACCCGGACAUUCUGUGCGUUGGCAAAGCGCUGACGGGCGGCUACAUGACGCUGAGCGCUGUGGUGACAACCGAGCACAUCAAGAACGUGGUGUCGAGCUCUGGCAGCGUGACGGGCGGAUGCUUUAUGCACGGACCGACUUUCAUGGGCAAUCCGCUGGCGUGCAGCGCAGCGGACAAGUCGCUGGAGAUAUUGUUGCGAGGCCAUUGGCGGCAGCAAGUGGACAGCAUUGAGUCGCAGCUGGUGGACCAGCUGUACGUGGCGCUGAACGGCAACGAGCAGCUGAUGCACUCGUUGGUGCGAAACGUGCGCGUGGUGGGCGCGGUGGGGGUGGUGGAGCUGACGGGCGCGGUGGAUUCGGCGUGGUUCCACGACAGGUUUGUGGCCAAGGGCGUGUACGUGCGGCCUUUCGGGCGGCUGAUCUACAUCAUGCCGCCAUACGUGAUUUCGCGCGAAGAACUGGCGAGGGUGACGCGCACCAUUGUGGCCGUGCUGGGCGAAUGGAAAGCGGAGCUCGAGGCACGUGAUGUGGUCACGUGA